AUGGGAAAAUUUGAAGAAAACUAUAAUUGUGAAUUAUGUCAAUAUAAUAUUGUUCGUGGUCGUGGUUUAUUUGCUCGUGGUAUCAUCGAAGCACAAAUAGCAUCACCAUUUUAUACGCCUGUUUAUGCUGCAUUAGUUUCUGUUAUUAAUUCAAAAAUUCCACAAAUUGGUGACUUAGUUGUCAAACGACUAAUAUCAUUAUUUCAUCAAUCAUAUCAACGAAAUGAUAAAACUAAUUGUUUGACAACAACAAGAUUUAUUGCACAUCUUCUUAAUCAAAAUGUCUUACAUGCAAUAGCUGUAUUAGAAAUGCUUGUUAGUUUACUGCGAAAUCCUUCUGAUGAUAGUAUUGAAUUAGCUAUUGAACUUAUAAAAAAAUGUGGACAAAAACUAUCUCAAGUUUAUCCACGUAUAUUAGAUUCGUUUUUUUCAACAUUAAGAAAUUUACUUCAUGAAUCAUCAUUAGAUAAACGUACACUAAAUAUGAUUGAAGUUUUAUUUACUAUACAAAUAGAUCAAUUUAAAGCAAAUCCACGUAUUCCAUUUGGUCUUGAUUUAGUUGAUGAAGAUGAUCAAUAUAAACAUGUGAUUUCAUUACAUGAUCCAUGUGAACUUGACCCAAUGCUUGAUGUAUUUCAAUACGAUGAACAAUAUGAAGAAAAUGAAGAAAAAUACAAGCAAAUUCGAAGAACAAUUCUGAGUGAAACUAAUGUUAAUGAAGAUGAAUCAAGUUCCAGUUCAUCAAAUAGUGAUGAAGAAGAAAAACAAGAUGAUCGAGUAAAAAAGGAGUUUUUUAUUGAUGGUGGUGAUGAUAAAUCUAUUAAUGAUACAGGUGGAGCUUUUUUAUUGAUGCUUGAUUAG